UUGGAAACGCCCCUCCACUUCGAUGGAGGAUUGUUUUCUGACAUACGAAGUUCAGACGGCAAGUUACUAAGCAAAGUGACAGUUGAUCGGGUGCAUAGCUCAACACGUUGUGACGUCAUCGACUCCCCUGGUAUAACGGAACUUGUUAGUAUAAACGGCAAUAAGGACUAUGUUGAUGACAUUGUUAAAACGGAGACGAUCACAAAUGAAGAUGUUAUCAAAGUUAAAUUUACUCCAGUUCUUCCAGAGCUUGAGGGUCCACAGUUGACACCUAAACUGACAUUAAAUCGACAAACAACAACAGUAAAACUUAUUGAUAACAACUUUGAAGACUUACAGAGUUAUAAAUUAGUAAACUCGUUGUUUAAGGAAAAUUCGAACAACAACUCGAAUAAUAUUGAUAAUCGCGCAAAAAAUGCAGACAAUAUUGGUGUGGAGGUCGAUGGUUCAAAAAAAAGAGCACAUAGUCCUCUGGCGAAUUUCCUUGUUUCUGAACAAUUAACUAAAAUUGAUAAUUACUUGCAAGAAAGUUUAAAUGUUUGCUCUGAAAGUAAUUUAAAUGAAAAUUCAAAAUCAAUUACAGAAGUUGCAAAAGGAGAGACAAAAUUGAUACACGAAGAAAUACAACAAUCAAAAAUUGACCAGGAAAUAUUAUCUCACUCCAAAAACAGUUUAGAUAAAGUUUUAAAUAGUGACGGUGAUGCACAAAAAACAAAUUACCAUGUAAAGGAAUUAUCAAAUAUAUCUUCUCCAAUUGACAAGAUACCAGAAAAGAGCAAAUCAAGGCUAAACAGUGUCAAAGAAAAACAGCUGGGAAUUAUAAGCGCUAUUUACAAUAUGCCAAUGCAUUAUCAUGCCGCAAUACUGUGUUUUUUAUUAAUUGUAUAUAACCUUAUUUAUCAGUAUAUAAAGCAUAACUGUUACGGCUAUAAGAAAUAA